AUGAGCGAUCCGUCAGAAUUGGGUGCGGCGAUGAAACUAAGAAAGGCCGCACUCGGGUAUCUGCGAACGUAUUUCUACCUGAUCCAGUAUGAAUCAGAUCUACGAAUCGCACAAGAUCCGGCUCUCUUCCUGGUUCCUAAAGAAAUGACCUGGCCUUGGUUCUGCCAGUUCACUGCCCAUUUUCAUGACAUCACGGAUAACGAAGUUUCGGGACGAUACCAUUACGGAGAGAUCCGAUUGUCCCGAUUGAACGGUUCCGGGAAUUCUGUCGCUUCUGCUCCCGUUCCCCGGCCGAGUAAUCUCAUCUCCUGCGCCGCGGCAAUGAGAUGGCAGCGCAUCCGACAACAGCUCAUCUCCGUUGCCUCUGCGCGUUCAACAGGUGGGAUUGCCGAGUCCACUUGUAUAUCUUCAUCGUUUAUAGCCAUUGGGAUCUGA